AGAAUUCGAUGAGACACCAGAGAGAGAGAAAGAGAGACAGAGAGACAGAGAGCGCAACGGAGCACGGUGUUUUUUUUUCUCUCCAGACCCCCUCCACCCGAUAGACCCCCCCCUCACUUCCCACUCUUACAUCUAUGUAUCAAUGAGUGAACGCGUCACCUCCAACAAAAGUUGCAGAUAACUCCGACCCAGUGCAGGGCACAUCUUCCGGACCUCAAUUUAAACCACCCGCCGCUUGCUGACAUUGAACAGAUCACACACUGAUGAGUCCGAACUAAGUAUCGAAUCUUGGACAGACGUCUUCAUUCAAGACAGCUUGGUGGAAGAAGGUGACUGGCAGAGGUCUACCUUCCCAGUCACGGUUGUGUUUCCCCCACCCCCCGCCCCCCUCCCCUCCGGACGUUCGAAACUGUUUCUUCAAAGACUGCUCCAAACAAUUUCAAGACUGUAUCCCAAAGUAGAAAAGCAGCAGUCCCAGGCGCUGGCAAUGGGAAGCGUGCGUGCCAACCGCUACAGUAUCGUGUCGUCGGAAGAAGAUGGCAUGAAGCUGGCCACCAUGGCUAUCGCCAACGGUUACGGGAACGGCAAAAGCAAGGUGCACACUCGCCAGCAAUGCCGGAGCAGGUUUGUGAAGAAAGACGGCCAUUGCAACGUCCAGUUUGUGAACAUGAGCGAGAAGGGGCAGCGCUACCUGUCGGACUUCUUCACCACCUGCGUGGACAUCCGCUGGAGGUGGAUGCUGGUCAUCUUCUGCCUGUCCUUCAUCUUGUCCUGGCUGCUGUUCGGCUGCAUGUUCUGGCUCAUCGCGCUGAUGCACGGUGACCUGGACAUGAACAACUACAAGGGGGAGCACAAGCCGUGCGUGUCGGAGGUGAAGAGCUUCACGGCCGCCUUCCUCUUCUCCAUCGAGACGCAGACCACCAUUGGGUACGGCUUCCGCUGUGUGACGGAGGAGUGCCCCAUCGCCGUGUUCAUCGUGGUCUUCCAGUCCAUCGUGGGCUGCAUCAUCGACGCCUUCAUCAUCGGCGCGGUGAUGGCCAAGAUGGCCAAGCCCAAGAAGAGGAACGAAACGCUCAUCUUCAGCGAUAACGCGGUGAUCGCCAUGAGGGACGGCAAGCUGUGCUUAAUGUGGAGGGUGGGAAACCUGCGCAAAAGCCAUUUGGUGGAAGCCCACGUUCGUGCCCAGCUGCUGAAAUCGAGAAUAACUCCAGAGGGAGAGUAUAUCCCCUUGGAUCAGAUGGAUGUCAACGUUGGCUUUGACAGUGGAAUAGACAGGAUAUUCCUGGUGUCCCCCAUUACCAUCGUACACGAGAUUGACGAGGACAGUCCCUUUUAUGACUUGAGCAAGCAAGAUCUGGACAAUGCGGACUUUGAGAUCGUUGUGAUCCUGGAGGGGAUGGUGGAGGCCACGGCCAUGACCACCCAGUGCCGGAGUUCCUACCUCGCCAGCGAGAUCAUCUGGGGCCACCGGUUCGAGCCGGUGCUCUUCGAGGAGAAGAACUACUACAAGGUUGACUACUCCCGCUUCCACAAAACCUACGAGGUGCCCAACACGCCCCUCUUCAGCGCCAGGGACCUGGCGGAGAAGAAGUACAUUCUCUCCACGCCCAACACGUUCUGCUACGAGAACGAGGUGGCCCUGAUGAACAAGGACGAGGAGGCGAGCGAGGGCGGCGUUCCCGAGUGCCCGAGCGCGGAGACUCAGACCAACACGGACCAUAACCAGGCCACAGUCCCCUUAGAACCUCGCCCGCUCCGGCGAGAGUCGGAAAUCUAAAUACCUAAAAGUAUGUUUUUAAAAAACGUUUUUAAAGAGAGUAUCUUUCUCAAAGCAAACCGUGCUUACCAAGGCCGGGAAUACGCCAGCCAGGAAAGGGUACUGUUGACGUUAGGGAUUUGCUCAAAGCAAAAAUGCUGCUGAUUUAGGUGAGGUGAGCGCUCGGCAGAAGUUCAGAUCUUUCAAACAAAGCACUAAAGCAUACACUCUGACGCCACGUGAAGGCACAUAAUAACUAACGUAUGCUGGUAGCAUACCCAAACCAUAUAGCAAAACUUGAACGUUGCAGGAAGGACUGGGUGGCAUUAUUAUAAAGGAUGGCUUUCAAUGGAAACUUGUAAAUCUGCUCUGCUCUGAAUGAUUUCACAGAAUACCUGAAAGUACAGUGGCCACUACAUUAAUGAUUUUCAUAGACAACGGCCUUGUUGUUAAUAAGUGAAACUGCAGCUCAGAUAAUAUUUAUUUUCUAGGGUUUCUUUAUUGAUUUAUUGUGAACAAAACAAAAAUCAAUAUUUAUGAUUCUUGUGGGGUUUAUUUUUGAGUAUCAUUAAUUGGAAAGUGGUUUGGAUUUUAUUUUCCCAUCGUUUCCUUGAAAAUUGACUCAUUUUCCUUUCCGGAGAAUGGGGUAACUUGGUUCUCAAUUGUAAUGACCCAGUCACAACUAUUGUGAUCUCUCCAAAGAAUAUGGGUCCAUUACUAAUCAGAAACACUUUCAGGUAUCUUUACAUAGAAACAUAGAAUAUAGGUGCAGGAUUAGGCCAUUCGGCCCUUCGAGCCAGCACCGCCAUUCAAUAUGAUCAUGGCCGAUCAUCCAAAAUCAGUACCCUGUUCCUGCUUUCC